UUUUUCCCGGUGCUCGCCGUGAAGAUAGAGGGAGAUACAGAAGUGCUUCUUUGCAGUUUUUGGGAACAGUAAGAGUUUGGCGUUCAAGAAGGAACGGUGUGCUUGUGUGUAGUCGGUAGUCAUGAUUUAUCAUAUGACCGUGGCUUGACAGCGUUAUAAGAUUCAUAUUGCACUAACCAAAGAAGGCAGCUAACAAAAUGACCGACACCAAAUCGACUGAUGAUGUCACGAUCAGCCGUGAAAUGUCGUCAUCAAGCAGCAAAACAUCCUCUCCUGAAAAAGAGAUUGUUCCUAUUAAUCGUAGCGUAAAGAAAAAGAAACCAAAUACAGUUAGCAAGAGUUUGGUUGGUUUCUGCAAAAUAGCUGCCAAACACCUGCCUUUGGUGUUUGGUGUUUAUGCUAUGGGAUACUUUAAUUUUUCUAUAGCAUGGAUACUUGGUAUAGUGGGAAUCACUGCCGCCACAGACCAGUGGAGGAAAGAAAGAAACUAUCGCAUGAGCACAGCUAGGGCCUCAGCCAUCUAUGAUGAUAAGGAUGUUAUCAUGGCCAGGGUCAGCGAUCUUCCUUCUUGGGUAUUUUUUCCCGAUUUCGAUAGAGCAGAAUGGCUCAACAAGAUUUUGAAGCAAGUGUGGCCGAACGUUGGGCACUAUGUGCGAAACAUAAUUUUGGAAUCCGUACAGCCCGGAAUACGUGAAAGCCUAAAAGCUUAUAAGCUCGGUGGAUUUAAAAUGGAAAAGAUUUCUCUAGGAACUAUGCCAUUCCGAGUAGGAGGCGUCAAGGUGUAUGAUAAGAAUGUUUCGCGCAAUGAAAUUGUAAUGGAUAUGGACAUUUGUUAUGCUGGAGAUUGCGAUAUCCGUUUUAGUGUCAAAGGACUGAAAGGCGGUAUCAAAGACUUCCAGAUGUCGGGAAUGUUACGUGUCGUUAUGAAGCCUUUAAUUUCGCAAAUCCCGCUUUUUGGUGGUAUUCAAAUCUUCUUCCUGAACAGCCCGUCGGUAGAUUUCAAUCUGAUUGGCGUAGUAGACGUCUUGGAUAUGCCUGGUUUAAAUGGAAUAUUGCGGCGUGUCAUUAUCGAACAAAUCGGAGCUUUCCUCGUCUUACCCAACAAGCUUAGCUUCACGUUAUCCGAUGUCGUGUCUCCCAUCGCCGUGAAAAUACCCGAGCCAUCUGGCGUUCUGAGAGUGCGUGUUGUCGAGGCUAAGCAACUAAUGAAAAUGGAUCGUGUCUUGGGCAUCGGCAAGUCAGAUCCUUACGCGAUUGUCACAGUCGGCUCUCAAGAGUUUCGCACUAAAACCAUUUCCAACACCAUAAAUCCCAAGUGGGAUUUCUAUUGUGAGGCGAAAGUGGAGUCUUUGCGAGCCCAGAAUUGUUUCAUCCAAGUGUGGGACUACGAUGCCGGAUUUCCUGGCAUACAGAAUGAUGAUUACUUAGGAAGAGCUACGGUUGACAUCUACAGCAUUGCUAAAGUUGGCAAAAAGGACAUGUGGGUGACGUUGGAAGAUGUCAAAUCGGGAAUGAUCCACCUGGAAUUAACUUGGUUUAGUUUAAUGGACGAUCCCGUUAUGCUGAAGAUGCACGCUGCGGAAACACAAAGUCUCGGCCUCAGUUCCGCCUUGCUUAUAGUUUACGUUGACUCGGCCACAUCCCUGCCCAGUGCCAGAACAUCUUCAAAGCCCGAUCCUUAUGUGAUCGUGACUGCCGGUAAUCGCAGUGAACAAACGUCUGCUCGAAUGCGGACUUGCGAUCCUACCUGGGAGCAAGCGCUCGUCUUCCUUGUCUGUAAUCCCGAAUCAGACGAUCUGUAUUUGAAAGUAAUGGAUCAGAAAACUGGAGGAGAACUUGGCAUGGAGAAGAUUACGCUCGUCUCUUUGCUAACUCUUCCUGAAAUGGAAUUGAGUCAUCAACCGUUGAGCUUGAAAAACUCUGGCCCUGAGAGCAAACUCAUCGUUUCUAUACGAUUAAAGGUGAUGGUACCUGGCCAACCCAUCGAAGGAAAUGAUUCGAUUUUGGAUACUGGAGAUUUCGCUACCGAACCGCCCAGGACACCACCACCGAGUGCCGAAAUUGUGAAAGUAAAACCAGAACCGAAGCCAGACGUGCCCGUAGGUAAUGACACGCAAAAUUCUACUCCAGCGCCAUCGGCUGUUGCCAGCGACACUGUCAGCCUUAGUGGAACAAGCGAACGAACUUCUUCCCUAGAUAAAUCAAUGAGCUCUUCCACCAAUACGCUGUCUGCUAUUAAAACGGGCUUGGAUCGUGAAUCGUCAAUACGGAGAAGGCAAAAGGGAGGGUUACCCCCCGGCGUCGUAAGUCAAGUGCAGCUAACGCUGCGCUACAGCAGUCAGAGACAGAGACUAAUUGUCGUCGUCCACAAAGUCAGCCAACUACCAGGUGGAGACCAACCCGAUCCCCCUGACCCUUACGUGAAACUCUAUCUCCUUCCGGAUCGAUCUGCUAAUAGCAAACGAAAGACUGAGAUUGUAAAAGACACAGUUAAUCCUGUUUUCGAUGAAACUUUCGAGUAUACCGUCGCCCCGAUAGAUUUGCCGGCUCGUGAGCUCGAAGUGAGCGUCAUUAAUCGCAAAGGACGGUUUGCCCGCAGUCCGUUAAUGUGCAGCUGCGUUAUCAUUUUGGGCCAUCACGAUCUUUCACAAGCCGUCACCCAGUGGUUCGAUUUGAAACCGUCCGAGUAGUCGGGUUCUGAAUUGAACGUGUUUCAAUCUUCUUUCAAUACCUCUAUUUUUGACUUUUGCUCGCGUUUCGAGGCAUUUCUGCAGCUCUCUUUCUGCCCAUGAUUUACCUCUUACCAAAGCAGUAUUUAAAAAGCUUAUUCGAUUGCUUAUUUACCUUUUUCAUAGCACAUGACACUAGGACCCUCACUGUCUAGACUUCCAACGUCGUUUACUGCUAAAUCUUUCAAACAAAAAAGGAAAAGCUUUUAGAUUAUAAUUAUCCCGAGUGAUUGUGUGAUACCACAACAUUUUGUUUUUCAUGCUGUCUUGCUUAGAAGGUAUGCAGAUUGUUUUUUUGUGUUUGGAAAGAUAAGGCAGCUGAUUAUCUUAUUUUGUGCGUAUGACUCGAGCAAAUUUUUGGCAUUUUGGGAAGGCAAAAUUCAGACAUUUUUUUCAGUUACUUUUAUUAUUUUUGCACAUCUUUUGUCUUUGGGUUCUUGUGCCAUACUUAUUGUUUGUUUUAUAUUUUUUGAGCUUUGCAUUUUUCUGUGGAUAAAGGGGUGCCGACUUGUGAUUUUCGCACUCUGCCCUCUCUACUCUCAAUGUUUCCUAAUUAUACAGUCUAUAAACUA